GGGCGCCCGCCUCCCUCUUUCGCGGACUGUCUCCUGACACGCCGGCUGAGAGCCCUUUUUGACUGCGAGCCGAGGGAGCGGAGCAGAGGCGGCGGCGCGGGACCUGCAGUCGCCCGGGAUUCCCUCCAGGUGACGAUGCUCUGGUUCUCCGGCGUCAGGGCUCUGGCUGAGCGUCCCUGCCGGCGCUCGCCCGGGAUUACCUGCUGCGUCUUGCUGCUGCUCAAUUGCUCGGGGGUCCCCAUGUCUCUGGCUUCCUCCUUCUUGACAGGUUCCGUUGCGAAAUGUGAAAAUGAAGGCGAAGUUCUUCAGAUCCCAUUUAUCACCGAUAACCCUUGCAUAAUGUGUGUCUGCUUGAACAAGGAAGUGACCUGUAAGAGAGAAAAAUGUCCAGUACUGUCGCGAGACUGCGCCCUGGCCAUCAAGCAGAGGGGAGCCUGUUGUGAGCGGUGCAAAGGCUGUACCUAUGGAGGAAGUACCUACAACAGUUCCUUCAAAUGGCAGAGCCCUUCUGAACCCUGUGUUCUGCACCAGUGCCAGGAAGGUGUCCUCACAGAGUCUGAGGUGCGAUGUGCUGUUCAUUGUGAAAACCCUUCCAAGCAUCCAGGAACCUGCUGCCCAACGUGUCCAGGCUGUGUGUUUGAGGGUGUGCAGUACCAAGAAGGGGAGGAAUUUCAUCCAGAAGGAAACAAAUGUACCAGGUGUUCUUGUAUUGGAGGCAGGACACAGUGCGUGAGAGAAACCUGUCCCAUUCUUUCCUGUCCUCAGCACCUUAGUCACAUUCCCCCAGGACAGUGCUGCCCCAAAUGUUUGGGUCAGAGGAAAGUGUUUGACCUCCCUUUUGGAAGCUGCCUCUUUCGCAGUGAUGUGUAUGACAAUGGGUCCUUGUUUCUCUAUGACAACUGCACAGCGUGCACCUGCAGGGAUUCUACUGUGGUGUGUAAGAAGAAGUGUUCCCAUCCUGGCAGCUGUGACAGAGACAAGGAGGCCUGUUGUGAAGAGUGCCUCCUGAGAGUGCCCGCAGAGGAAAGAAAAGUGUGCAAGUUUGCCAACAAAAUUUUCCGGGAUGGAGAGAUGUGGUCCUCUGUUAACUGCACCAUCUGUGCUUGUGUGAAAGGCAAGACAGAGUGUCGCAAGAAGCAGUGCGUUCCCAUCAGCAGCUGCCCUCAGGGUAAAAUUCUCAACAGGAAAGGAUGUUGUCCUAUUUGCACAGAAAAGCCCGGCGUUUGCACAGUUUUCGGAGAUCCCCACUACAACACUUUUGACGGACGGACAUUUAACUUUCAGGGAACGUGUCAGUACGUUUUGACAAAAGACUGCUCCUCCCCUGCCUCGCCCUUUCAGGUGCUUGUGAAGAACGAUGCCCGCAGGACCCGUUCCUUCUCCUGGACCAAAUCCGUGGACCUGGUGAUAGGCAAGAGCACCGUGAGCCUCCAGCAGCACCUCACUGUGCGCUGGAAUGGGACUCGCAUUGCGCUGCCCUGCAGGGCACCGCACUUUCAGAUCGACCUGGAUGGCUACCUUCUGAAAGUGACAACCAAAGCAGGUUUGGAAAUAUCCUGGGAUGGAGACAGUUUUGUAGAAGUUAUGGCUGCCCCGCAUCUCAAGGGAAAGCUCUGUGGCCUUUGUGGCAACUACAAUGGGCAUAAACGUGAUGACCUAAUUGGUGGAGAUGGAAACUUCAAGUUUGAUGUGGAUGAUUUUGCUGAGUCCUGGAGAGUGGAGUCCAAUGAGUUCUGCAACAGACCUCAGAGAAAACCCGUGCCUGAACUGUGUGAAGGGACAGUGAAGGUAAAGCUCCGAGCCCAUCGAGAAUGUCAGAAGCUCAAAUCCUGGGAAUUCCAGACCUGCCACUCAACUGUGGACUAUGCCACUUUCUACCGGUCCUGUGUGACAGACAUGUGUGAAUGUCCAGUCCAUAAAAACUGUUACUGCGAGUCCUUCUUGGCCUACACCCGGGCCUGCCAGAGAGAGGGAAUCAAAGUCCACUGGGAGCCUCAGCGGAACUGUGCAGCCACCCAGUGUAAGCAUGGUGCUGUGUAUGAUACUUGUGGCCCCGGAUGCAUCAAAACCUGCGAUAACUGGAAUGAGAUCGGACCAUGCACUAAGCCAUGCAUUGCAGGUUGCCACUGCCCUGCAAACUUGGUCCUUCACAAGGGAAGGUGCAUCAAGCCAGUCCUUUGCCCUCAGCGGUGACCUUUGUUCCAGUCCUUAAGACUUUGAAAUCUGGUGUCUUUGACACUGAAGUGGAAGAGCCAAUGAAGGACUGCAGUAUUUGUGUGCUAACUCUGCAAAGUACACACAACCAGAGUAUAUAUGUGUACAUAUAUAUAGAUCUAUACAAAAACAUUUCAUCAUUUAUAUAAACUAUAGGUGGAGUAUUAUAUGUAUAUUUUUUGCUAUAAGACAUUGUUUCUAGAAUCCUAAUCUGUAAGCCAUGGAAUAAAUUGUAUAAAUAAGCCAGGUGUUCUUAAUUUAAUAAGGUGGCAUGCAGACAUAUUGGAUGGCUUUGACAUCACAUAACAUUUGUCAUUUUUAAGGAAGUUUUCUAAGAUGCCUAAAUUGCCUGCCUGAAUUCAUUUCAGCUUUGAGUCGGGAUUUGCAGUUGAGUGGGAAAUGUGUUUCUCUGGAGGAGGGCAAAUUUAUCUAGGGGCAUUUCAUGUUUCCAAAGAAAGGAAUGUGUGCCUGAGAGAGGACUGGUGAUUACUGACAGGCCCUAACAUUGCAUGCAAAGUGAAGGCUAGGCUUCUAGACUUUAUUGGGUCAUAGUCUGAUAUUAUUUUCAAAACGGAAUGGCUCGUUGCCAAGAAAUACAUAUUUGUCACUAGGGCAUAGCCAAAGAAUUAAACGAUUUCUUGCCAUCUUUGCAUAUUCCUGAGUCUCUUAAUUAUAUAUGUGUGUUUGAUGGAUGUGGUCACUUACAUGUCAUGCAUUGAGAUUAAGGGGUGUCUGGAUGCCAUGCUAAUUUUAUUGAGCAUGAGCAGAUAUUUAGAGAAACUUUUGCAUAGCAUGUGAAUAACUCACCACUGCUCUGAAUCUCAAAGCAAGUUAAAAGGGCAAAGCCAAUGAGUUGAUGUAACCCAUUUACAUUUUGUGAUUUUUCCAACUAUGAAAUCAAAACCUUGAACUUUUCCUAAAGGAGUCCUUGUCUAGCAGUUUUUGACAACUGCUAAUAUAUCAUAAUUAUUAGGCAAGAGAAAGCUUUUAAUGACCAGUUGACUUGCCAUCAGUCCAAACAAAGAAUGGUCCACACACUUACUCUUAUUCACUGAGAGAUUACUAUAAACCACCGUGUAAUUUACCUAACUUUUGUUCUUCGUUGAAUAUAUGAACAUGUCAACAAAAGCAAAACCCCUGAUGUCUGAAACUAAAAUGUCCUGCAUUGUACUAAUAAAGAGAUUAAGAUUUACAACAAU